GUACCAAAAAGCGUCUCGACGAGCAAUGGCGCCAAAUACUAUGUAUCUCAUCACAGGCGCAAAUCGAGGCAAGUAACCAACCAUAAUGUGUAUACAGACACUUCGUUCUAAAAAGAAUUCAGGAAUCGGUUUUGGUAUUGUCUCCAUAUUACUUCAGCACGCCAACACUACAGUGGUAGUGACAGUUCGCAAUGAAACGACCAAUGUUGCCCCUCUCAAAGCACUCCCAAAAGCCGAUAACAGUGACUUAAUCAUCACUUACCUCGUAAUUUCCACUACUUCCACGACAGAAAUCGAAACUUCUCACAAAGCAGUGGCUGAAAGUUUGAAAGCCAAGGGUAUUGAGAAAAUCGACGUCCUCAUCGCAAAUGCUGGGAGUGGAACCUGUUUCAGGUCAACACUUGAUACACCGCUCUCAUCUAUCGCAGUUGACUUUUACGCCAAUACACUUGGACCUAUUGCACUCUAUCAAACACUCCUUCCCUUCCUCAGAGCUUCCACUAAUGCAAAGUUUGUCAUUAUUGGGAGUAUCUUGGGGAGUAUUGGGGCUAUGAUGCCAGGAGCGCCAACUCUUUCGUACGGAACUAGCAAAGCGGCAGUACACUAUGCUGCCAAAAAGAUACAUGAUGAGGAGGAGAAGAUGGUAGUGUUGACUAUUCAUCCAGGAUGGGAUCAGACAACAAACGGACAGAAUUUUGCAGAUAGCAUUGGUGUUCCUGCGCCACCAAUGACAGUAGAAAAGAGUGCAGAGGGGGUUCUCGCACAGAUCGAUAGAGCAACCAAAGAGACAGCUUCGGGAAUCUUUGUGGGCCUCGAUGGAGUAGAAGUGCCUUGGUAGAAGGGGAUAGGGAAUAAACAGGCUAGAGAGCAUUGUUAUAAAAAAGAGAGCGCAAAUUGGAAAGAUGAGUUACCUGACUGAUUAUGGUUGUUAGGCCAUGCCCUCAGUAGUUAGAUUUUACAUCCCAACCGUGAAAGCAUUUUUGUGCCCGCCACGACAAUGUCUCAUCUA